UCUCCACAAUUUUCUCCUGGCCCCUUCUUCCGUUUGUCCACCCUAGUUUGAGCAUUCCCCCAUUCGACCAAGAUCAGAGCUUUUUCGCCACAUUUUCUCGUUAAUCGUCUCUCCAUCCGUCCGCAAGAAAAUGCAACGCAAGCUAUCCGAGGAACCAAAUUGCUGCCCAUCAAUCGACCGGCGCCAUUGAUCGCCCACGCGCGCGUCGCUCCAUCAUCAACCGAUCGUCCUCCGCCGCGUUUCCGCGUUUUCUUCUCAAGCUCCGGCGGCCCGGUCCCCACCGGCGACGACCGACCGAAUUAAUGGCGCCGCCGCAGGGGCAGCAGGAGGAGCAGCGCGGGCGGCCGGCGAGCAGCUUCUGCGUGUGGCUGGUGACGGCGCUGCUGCUGGCGUCCGUGCUGGGCGGCGGCGCGUGCCUCGUGGCCUACGUCGUGCUGCCCCCCGGCGAGGCGCCCGGCUGGAUCGCCGCGGCCGGGCUGGCGCUCGUCGCGCUGCCCUGGGCCUUCUGGAUCGCCACGGGCCUCUACCGCUGCGUCACCACGCGCUCCGCCGACCGCGCCGCCGCCGCCGCCGUCGCGCCCGGCUCCGGCAGCAUGGUCUCGCGCGCCCAGGGCUCGUGA